AUGGCUGAUGCUGAUGCUGGGCCAUCAAAACCACCAGUUUCGAAGACUCCUAAAGCAACAUACACUUAUGGCAACAAGGAGCUAGACGCUCCAGCCUACGCGGAAGCCCUGAAGAGUGCAAAAGCAAGAGGCAGUGCUUCCUGGUGGUCGUUUUUCACCGUGAUCUUGACAGAAAGAGUCGUGAAGCUGAAGUGCACCAUUUGCGGCGAGGUGCUGGGUGCCAAAAAUCCGUCUGCAACAGCUCCCAACCAUCUUAAGAAGCACAGCAAGGCAGCAGACAAGGCGCAGGAGGGCAAGCGCAACUGGUCGCUGUGGGGCAACAUCUUCACCAAGGCCCGCAACCGGCUGGGCAAGGAGCGUGCAGAGAAGCUGAUUUACAUCCGGCAGAACCGGAAGGCCUUGCAGAUGGAGCGGGGUGGGAAGGAUGAGGAGGUGCUGAUGCAGCUGCUGGAGGGGCUGGACGUGCAGGGGGAGUGA